CGCUGGGACUGAGAAUGCCCGUGUUGUACUGACACAGUAGCGAUACGGGCUGAGCAGACAUGGAGGCCCGAUUAACGAGAGAGGCCCGUGCUGACACAUCCAGGCCCAGCUAACGGCGUGUCGGAGCGGAUUUCGGAGCAUCUCGGGGACGUAUCACGGACACCAGUCGCUGUAAGGAGCAGAGGAUUUUUAGCACAGGGAGAGGAGAAAUAAAGGGAGAUCCAUUUCGGGUCUCUGUUGAUUCAACGCAGCCGCCAUUUUGUUGACACUGUGGGAAGAUUUUUUUUUUUUGGAAAAAUGUGGCCACCACGUUGAUACACACUGAGGCAGGACACAGAGCCAAAUAAUGUGAACACCGUUUCUGGACAAUUCAAGAGUUGAAGGACGGAGAAAGAGGGCUGGACAGCCAAGGAAGGGAGAGAAGCCGCCUCAAAACAAGGAGAGCUUCACCCUCACCGUUAUCCCCCUUCCCCUUUUCCCCCCUUCACCCCUAUCCUGUCCCCAGACAAAAACUCUACCUGCUAUCCAACAACAUCCACUCCCAAAUAAACUUGCAAACCCCCUAAAGUUCUGAUGGAUCAGAAGAUUCAGGGGAGAACUGCGACUCCACCCCCUCUUCUCGCUGGUGCUCCCACAGGGGAGCGAGAGAAGGAGGGAGGGGGUGGAAAGAAGGACGAAGAGGACGAAAAGAAGAGGGACAGAGAGAAGGAGGGAGCUGCCGCUGUCACUGCUGGUGCAGGAGGUGCAGGAGGGCCAGGAGGUGCCGGCGGUGACCAGUCCCACUUUUCCAUCAAAGAAAGCAGCCUGUCCGAGGGCAACGUUAAGCUGAAGAUUGGCCUUCAGGCGAAACGCAUGAAGAAGCCCCCUAAGAUCUUGGAGAAUUACGUGUGCCGGCCAGCUUUCAGAGCCACCGUGAGGCACACGAGUCGCGGAGGAGGCGGCGCUCGUGGGAACCGUGCAGCGGCUGCAGGCGAUGGACAAGGCGCUCAGAACCAGAGCCCUUCACAAGCCAGGGAAAAAGAGAGGGAAAAGAGUCCCAGUGUAAACAAACCACCAGCCACAUCAUCUUCAUCAGCCUCGUCUGCUAAGGCUCCUACACCACCCCCUCCUGCUCCUCCUCCUGCUGCCAGCACUACCACCAUAACACCCUCCCAGGUCAAUGGGAGUACUCCAGCAAAAAGGGGUCCACCAAAGAUGGAUUGCAAGUCCGAUUCAAAGUCAGACACAAAAGCAGCUAGUACCACAUCUGAGAGACCCCUUAACCUUCACCGGCCUCCUUCAGACAGCAAAUCACAUUCUUCUGGGAAGAAAACACCGACUCCACAACCCAACCCUCGGACGUCUUCGCCCUCUCCGCCACUACCUGCAUCAAAAGAAUCCAGCUUUGAAGGUGUUAAACCUCCUCAGUAUACCUACAGCACAGAAAGUCAGAGAGACAAGGACAAAGGUGUUCAAAGCUGGGGAGCACCCACAGUCACUGAGAAAUUAGCUCAACUUAUAGCAACUUGCCCCCCAUCAAAAAACCCUAAGCCAGCCAAACCUGCAAAAAUCGAUCCCACUCCUUCUCUCCAGAGCUCAGGCUUUAUGGCUCCCACGGCUAAGCAGCGAGACAGAGCUAUGGCCAAUAGGAACACAUACUCAAGAAUGGUUCACCUCUCCCCACCACCCCCUGUCUCAAGACCACCUGGUCGGCCGUAUGGCUCUCGGAACAAAGAUAGUGUUUUAGAAAAUUUACCCUCCUUGACACCAUUAAGAAAGGAGGACUUGGAUGGGGCUGGAAAAGCUAGUAGCAGCAGCGGUAAUAACAGCAUCAGCUUGAGUGGCAGCAACAGCAGCAGUCGCAGCAACAGCCCAGCAUUCACCUAUGGCAAUAACCGCCUAUCAGCCAUGUCAAAGGACAGCAACAACGACAACAGCAACAGUAGCAUUUCUAAGCCACAGUCGCGCCCUGCUCACUGCCUACCCCACACCACAUCCUCUCCAUCUUGUCCUAUUUCAUCCUCUUCCUCCACCUCAGCAGAGCAGAGGACUGUGAGUGCAGUAAGUCACUUGGGCUCCCCUGUUCCCUCACAAGGACACCAUGCACGAGAGUCCCCUGCCUUGGCGGAGGAAAGCAGUGCAGGUGAGCAAGAGCAGAACAGAGACAGCCCCAGAGACUUAACCAAGUGCCCUCCUUCAACAGGAACAGGAAAGUCAGAGGGGAAAGACAAGGGAGCGAGUAAUCAGUCACUGCGAGUUGAGAGGGCAAAGAGCUCUAGUCCAAGUAAGCGCAGCCCCAACCGGGACUGUAGCCGGCCCGGUCGGACCAGCAGUCCCUCUGAGUCUGUUAGACAGAGGGCACCUUCUCCACUAGAGCCAGAUGAUGAUGAAAGCCCACACACACCGCUUAGAGAUGAUUCUCCUGAUUCAUCUCUAGACUCUCCCACAGAGCAGGACAGCAAGCCCCUUAAAAAACGCAGAGGGAGGAAACCCCGCUGGACCCGUGUGAUGAACAAGACACAGAGUCAAAGAGCAGGCCAGGACAGUCCCUUCAACGAGAACAAAACCACUAUGCCUUUAUCUUCAAGCUUGGAAACGCCAUCGCCACCAGGUAAGAGACCUGUUGGCAGGCCUCCCAACCCAAAUAAGGUCAAACCAAAUCCUGUGCCACAAAGGCCAGUGUCACAGCUCUUCACUUCCCAGACUAAGAAAAGGGGAAGGCCAAAGUCCAAAAUGCCAAGGCUUGACGCCCCGGCCCCUGGGAACCCACCUAACAAGCUGGCCCCCUCAAAGGUCUUUUCAUCUUUGCUGAAGUCCAAAGAAGAGCAGGACCCACCUGUUCUUCAUCCAGAGGUGGACCUGAACCCCCCUAAACCUAUGCCUAGAAAACGUGGACGUCCCAAGCGCCUUCCUCCUACCUUACCCCAGGAGGGUCAGCCUCCCACUUUGGCUCCAGAAGCCGGGGACAUGGGAGACAAACGGUUCCGCAGCAAAGGAAAUGGGCAGCUCAUCAUGAAAACUAUUAUUGGCAAAAUCAAUAAGAUGAAAAGUGUGAAGCGGAAGCGUAUUCUCAGUCAAAUCCUUUUAGGUCCAAGACCAGAAGAAGCCCCUAAAGGCACCACGAGUGGGGUGGUUGGCUCUGUGGAAGCUGCAACCCAAUCAUUGUCCUCCCUGGCUGCUUCGUUUGGGGGAAAACUAGGGCCACAAAUUAACGUCAGUAAAAAGGGCACAAUAUACAUGGGUAAGAGGAGGGGCCGUAAGCCAAAAGCAACUUGUAAUGUUACAGCUACGUCAUCACCAGAACCUUUUCUGUCUCCAAACACCACUUCCCCUCUCCAUCACCAUCAGUCGCAGUCCCAACAACAGCACCAGCUCUCCUCUUCAGAGGUCUUUCCCUCUCCCUCACUCUCACAGUCUAGUGGGGGCCACAGUCCCAUCAGUGAUGCCAGCUUUGUGGAGCCAGGCUCAGUGCACUUUGCAAGUCACUCUCACUAUUCUAACGCCCAUCAUAGCCACAACACAUUCUCCUUCCCUCCCCCAACCUUUUCAGCUCCUAAUCCUCGGAACACAGGGCUGGGCUCGACGUCAUCUUCGUCGGCCGCAGCAGCUUCCCAGAAAAAGUCGUCUUACCGUGGAUACCAUCACCACCACCAUUACCGACAGCACUACCAUUAUCAUAAGCUUUCCCCUCCCAGGCCGCUCCAUCCCACCUCCCCUGCUCCCCUCAGUGAGCUAAAAGAAGCCACUCCGUCACCAGUCAGUGAGUCACACAGUGAGGAGACAGUGCCCAGUGACAGUGGUAUAGGAACAGACAAUAACAGCACUUCUGACCGUGGUGAGAAAGCCGGUGGGGCCGGUGGCUUGGGUGCAAUCGGGAUGCCGCCCGGGAUGGGCAGCGGAUUAUUAAUGCCAGGGGUCAUCGGUUCAGCUAUGGGUCCAGGGAUGGGCCUUAAUUCCAGAGGCAGGCGCAGACACUCUGCUGUGCUUAUGGAACAUCCCUCACCCUCUCCAUCACCCCACGGGACAAGGUCAUCACCUGACCCCCGGAGACCUCACCCAACAGCUCCUGCCUCCUCCCUAAUAGGACAUAAAGAGAAGCAUAAGCACAAGUGUAAACGCCGCAGUCACGGAUGCCCGGGCUAUGACAAGCUAAAGAGACAAAAGCGGAAACGCAAGAAGAAGUACUUGCAGCUGCGCUCACGGCGGCUUGACCCAGACUUUCUUGCAGAGCUGGAUGAGAUCGUUGUGAGGCUGAGUGAAAUACGGAUAGCUCACCGUACCACAGGACACCGGCUCAGCAGUGGAAUAGGAAUAGCAGCAGGAUCAAGCAGAGUGCCAGGGGUGGGGAGCAGAGCCAGUGGUGGCAUCGGAGGCACAGGUGGUCCCCCUCCUCAUCAUUAUGUUCACAGAGACCUCCUGCCUACAAUCUUCAGGGUUAACUUCGGCAGCUUCUACUCCCAUCCUGCAUACUCCUGUGACCCGUUGCACUAUGUUCGUAAACCAGACAUGAAGAAGAAACGGGGAAGGCCUCCCAAACUGAGGGAAUCCAUGUCUGAGGUUCCGUUUGUUCCUGGGCUUGGAUUCCCGCUGUCUAGUGGAGGCUUCUACCACCCCUCCUACAGUGUUCCUUACUCAUCUGGACCCCUGGGAUUGGGCUAUUACAGAGGCUAUCCUCCAGCAAGCGCUCUGUAUCCUCACCCACAUCACCAGUCGCCCCACACAGCCCCGUCCCACCACUCUCACCACUCACCCUCCUUCCCUCCUCCUCCCCCGACGUCCUACAUGCAUCAUCACCACCCUUCACAUCUCCUGCUGAACCCCUCAAAAUUUCACAAGAAAAAACAUAAGCUGCUCAGACAGGAGUACCUGGGAGGAGGAAGGUCCCCUGUCCUUUACCCUCCCAUGUCCUCUGAGCUUUCGUUCAACUGGCACCACAAACACAAACACAGGCACAAACACAGGGAGCGCUGUGGUGAGGAGGACAGGGAGGAAGCAGCAAGAGGAGGGUCUGCAAACCGAACUAGUGCAGGGAUUUCUGACAGCGGAGCAUCGGGUAAAGGAGAACGAGUUGGCGGUUUAGGAAUGGCAGAGUCUUUACAACGAUGCCGCUUUGGACGAGAUGCCUCCAGCACCAGUUCCAGCAAGCAAGCUGCUGCCACCUCUGCCAACUCCCCUUCCUCUUCCUCAUCCUCAUCUGCAGAAAGGUACAAGCGCAAAGAGGGCUCCAUGUCCUGUCUGGGACCUUCCAGGCUUGCGCUGGGUAGCAGCUCAAAAGGUCACCAUCCAGUCGAGUCAUGGUUCAGAAUGGGCAGCUCAGAAGCAGACUACUCUAAACUUUCACGGAGUCAAGUGGCAGCUGGCCAGGGUUCCUUCUCAGAUGGGCGGGCGGAAGACCCAGCAGGCUGCUCGGACAGCGAGGAUGAGGAGCCUCUCUCUCCCACUGAGGAUGUAGAAGCUCACGAAUCUCCAAACCUUACAAAUCUGUUUGCCUCUGCUCUCACUCGCACUUCACUGAAGGGGGGCAGGAACAGAAAGACUGAUGUAGUUACAGAGAGCUCCAGCUUCUCCCAUGUGGACCGACCACUGAGGAAGGACCGCUCAAUGUCAGCAGAGAGGAGAGAGUUAGCGUCAUCGGGAAUCCAAUCAAGAGGAGUUGCGCUUCCGACCAACGAAGGGCCCGAAGGAUCCCUACACCACCGGCAGCAGCACCAUCACCAACCCUCUCUGUUUCACUCCCACGCCUCCGUUUCCUCCUCUUGCCUCUCUUCCUCUCAGGACUGUUGCCUGGAUGCCUCCCUGCCCCACCACUCCCACCGGGCACAGCCAUCCAAACACAGCCUGCACCACGUCAACAAAAUCCUGCGUGCCAAGAAGCUGCAGAGACAGGCUCGUACAGGAAACAACGUGGUGAAGAAGAGGGGCCCCGGACGCCCCAGGAAACACCCAUUGCCCUCCCCGCCACCAUCCCCGCCCCCUGUGGUCGAGCUGAAUCAGACGCGGCACAGAGACAGAGGGGGAGAGCGGCUAGCAGGGGGAAGAGGGUGGGAAGGCGAUACUGUGACAGAUGCUAUUGAGUCGGUAGUCCAGGGCCAGCGAAGGAAAGGUCAGAAGAGGAAGCAGUGGGAGAGAGAUGGGGACGAGGAAGAGGAGGAGGACGAGGUGGAAGAGGAAAGGGAGGUGGAGGAGCCUGAGCAGCAAUUGCCGGAAAGAGAGGAGAACCUGGGCAACCUGGUGGCAAGGUCCAGGGCUGCGACAGGAAGAAGCUGGCUUUCCCAAGAUGAGCUGCAGCACUUUCACGGCUCAGUGGAGAGCAAGCCAGAUGGCCACUGCUCCCCGGAGCGCCCAGGCACCGUCUCCAGGGAACAAGCUCCACCCAUGCCCAUAACCAGCCAACGAGAGAAGAGAGCAGCAAGACCUCCGAAGAAGAAGUUUCAGAAAGCAGGACUUUACUCUGAUGUGUACAAGACUGAAGAUCCCCGUAGUCAGCUUCAGCAGCUAAAGAAAGAGAAGCUGGAAUACAUACCUGGGGAACAUGAAUAUGGAUUGUUUCCUGCACCAAUACAUGUUGGGAAGUACCUGAGACAGAAGCUCAUUGAUUUCCAGUUGCCUUACGACAUCUUAUGGUUGUGGAAACACGAUCAGCUUUACAAGAGGCCCGAUGUCCCACUUUAUAAAAAGAUCAGAUCAAAUGUCUAUGUGGAUGUUAAGCCUCUCUCUGGUUAUGAAACAACUACAUGCAACUGCAGACCACCCGAGGGCUCGACUGAGAAAGGCUGCCUGGAUGAUUGCCUGAACAGAAUGAGCUUUGCUGAGUGCUCUCCCAGCACCUGUCCAUGUGGCGACCAGUGCGACAACCAGCACAUCCAGAGACACGAGUGGGUCCAGUGUCUGGAGCGAUUCCGUGCUGAGGGCAAAGGUUGGGGCAUCCGCACCAAGGAGUCCCUCCGCUCUGGACAGUUCAUCAUUGAGUACCUGGGAGAAGUAGUCAGCGAGCAGGAGUUCAGGAGCCGAAUGAUGGAGCAGUACUUCUCCCACAGUGGCCACUACUGUCUGAACUUGGAUAGCGGCAUGGUGAUUGACAGCUACCGAAUGGGCAAUGAGGCACGCUUCAUAAACCACAGCUGUGAACCCAACUGUGAGAUGCAGAAGUGGUCAGUAAAUGGCGUGUACAGAAUUGGUCUCUUUGCUCUCAAGGAAAUCAGCAGCGGCACUGAGCUCACCUACGACUACAACUUCCACUCCUUCAAUACAGAAGAGCAGCAAGUGUGUAAGUGUGGCUCAGAGAGCUGCCGGGGCAUCAUUGGAGGGAAGAGUCAGCGAAUUAAUGGCUUGCCUGGGAAAACAGGAGGGACACGGCGGCUGGGUCGACUCAAGGAGAAGAGGAAGUCCAAACACCAGCUCAAGAAACGAGAGGAAGAGUCGAGUGACAGCAACAAGUUUUAUCCUCAUCUAAUGAAGCCCAUGUCCAACAGAGAGAGAAACUUUGUGCUGAAGCAUCGAGUGUUUCUCCUGAGGAACUGGGAGAAGAUGAGGGAGAAACAGGAGUUGCUGAAGAGAGAAGGUGAAAGAGAAAGAGACGCCAGCAGCCUCUCGAUAUAUACACGCUGGGGAGGAGUUAUCCGUGACGACGGCAACAUCAAGUCAGAUGUGUUCCUGACGCAGUUCUCAGCUCUGCAGACGUCGCGGUCGGUUCGCACACGGAGACUCGCUGCCGCUGAGGAAAACACGGAAGUCACACGCACUGCUCGCCUCGCACACAUCUUUAAGGAGAUUUGUGACAUGAUCACCAGCUACAAGGACUCAGCCGGCCAGACUCUUGCUGCUCCGCUGGUCAACCUCCCAUCCAGAAAGAGGAACAGCCAGUACUAUGAGAAGGUGUCUGACCCUCUGGACCUGAGCACCAUCGAGAAGCAAAUCCUCACCGGCCAUUACAAGACGGUGGAAGCAUUUGACACCGACAUGCUCAAAGUGUUUCGCAAUGCUGAGAAAUAUUACGGCAGGAAGUCGUCGGUGGGCAGGGACGUGUGUCGGCUGAGGAAGGCUUACUACAGCGCUCGGCAUGAAGCUGCAGUCCAGAUUGAUGAGAUCGUGGGCGAGACAGCCAGCGAGGCCGACAGCUCAGACUCGCUGGAGCGCGACCACGGCCACCACCACCACGGAGGAGGAGGGCCGGGGUCCCACGACAAGGACGACGACGUCAUCCGUUGCAUCUGUGGAAUGUACAAGGACGAAGGCCUGAUGAUUCAGUGUGAAAAGUGCAUGGUGUGGCAGCACUUUGACUGCAUGCGGCUGGAGACUGAGGUGGAGCACUACCUGUGUGAGCAGUGUGACCCUCGGCCUAUAGACCGGGAGGUUCCCAUGAUACCCCAGCCUAGCUACGCCCAGGCUGGCUCUAUCUACUAUAUCUGUCUCCUGAGAGAUGACCUGCUGCUACACCAAGGUGACUGUGUGUAUCUGAUGAGAGACAGCCGACGCACACCUGAAGGCCAGCCUGUCAGACAGUCUUAUCGUCUCUUGUCUCACAUCAACCGAGACAAACUUGACAUCUUCCGAAUUGAGAAACUGUGGAAGAAUGAAAAGGGUGAGCGGUUUGCCUUUGGCCACCACUAUUUCCGUCCUCACGAGACGCAUCACUCUCCAUCGCGGCGUUUCUACCAGAACGAGCUCUUCCGCAUGCCGCUCUAUGAGAUCAUCCCCCUGGAGGCAGUGGUGGGAACCUGCUGUGUCCUCGAUCUCUACACGUACUGCAAGGGACGACCGAAGGGUGUGAAAGAGCAGGAUGUGUACAUCUGUGAUUACCGCUUGGACAAGUCGGCCCACCUGUUCUACAAGAUCCAUCGAAACCGCUACCCAGUCUGCACCAAGCCAUACGCCUUCAACCACUUCCCCAAGCGGCUCACGCCCAAACGAGACUUUUCGCCUCAUUAUGUUCCUGACAACUACAAGAGGAACGGCGGCCGAUCGGCUUGGAAAAGCGAACGGCCCAAAGAAGCCGGCGGCUGCGAGGACGACGGUUCUUCCUGCGACCGCGGUGAAGAUUUCCCACCUGAGGCGGAAGAUGGAAGAGGAGUGGAGGACGACAUGGACAUGGCUCCAGAGGAUCCUGAACUUCUUCCAGCCAAGCCCAGAAGAGCAGAACAGGACAGAGAGGGCGACGAGGAUGAAGACGAAGAGGAGGAAGAGGAGGAGGAGGAGGAGGAGGAGGAAGGACAGGAAGCCGAGGAGCGCAAGGAGCUGGAGGACGUUACCACCGAGAGGAUAGGGGAGAUGCUGGAGCUCCCGUCGUCCUCGGCCUCCUCGCCGCUGCACCACCCGGCGCUGGGAAGAAGGGAGGCUCAGAGGGAACGACUCAACAAGAUACUGUUGGAUCUGCUGCACAGAACACCCAGCAAGAACGGUGAGGGACCGGGAACAAAGCAGGGGGCUAUCGAUGUCACGUAUCUCCUUGAGGAGGGCGCGGGACGGCGGCUACGGCGACGGACUCUCGGGUUUGGCGAUUUCGUGGGCAGAAAAUAACGUUUCUUCGUGCCUGUCAAGCACACUGCCUUUCUCUAUCGCGAGCAAAGGGGCAGAAAAUGGAGAGACAGCGAGAAGGGAGACCAGCAUUGUCGGCUGUCCAACCAUUACGGACCACAAUGCGUCCCCGGGGGCCUCUUCCAGUUUACCUCUUCCAAGACUGCCAUCUCAAACCUGAGAGGGUGGAGGGGGUUUGGAAUCGCUGACUCCAACGGCAAUUACAGCUUUUCAAGAGCUCUCAAGGAGCUCGAGGAGAGAGCUGACUUAGACUUCUUGCUUAUUUAAGUAGUAUCAUGCAAAACCUUUUUUUUUUUUUUUUUAAUGAACAUAGGAGAAAUAACCCAUGCACUUAAAUGCAUCGAACAUUGCAAACAUGGGUAGACGAAUUCCACUAGCAAGCAUCAGAAAUGAAACAAGUGGUACUGAAUAGGGACGGAUGGAGGGCGGGAGGCUGAUGGUUUCAGUCGGUGGGAAUGCUGGAGAAUUCUUCCCCCUAGUGGGACCUAGCUGCAAUGACAAAAAAGUGAGAAAAAGUAACAGACGUGAGGAUAUCUGCGCCGGGACCGUGGGGGGAAAAUGGCAUAGGAGAAAGUUGAGCGGCGCGCUCAGAAGCUGCUCUUGAGAACAGAGAGAACGAGGGUGGUGAACUGCACUUUUGGUACCAUGGAUAUUGUGAAGCUCUGUGUAAUGUAUCUAUAAUGAAAACACACUAACACUCUCACAGUAUUGGAUGAUGCAGUCUGAAAAAAAAAGCGAGUUAAAAAGUCUAUUAUCUUUUUCCUGUUAUACUGUAGUAACUCAUUUAGGAACAGAAGAGGCCUGUGGUGUGUUUGUUUUUAGAGCAAAGGGAGGGGAGGGAGGAUUGCGUGUGCGCUUUUGUCAGUCGAAGUGUCUUGAUAUGAUUUUUUUUUUUUUUUUUUGAUUUUCUCGUGAGGCAGUCCGCUUCGCCCCUCUUUUUUGAAGUAACAUGAUUCACCAGCUUAACUAAAUCAGGCGUGGCGGGGGGACACCGGCUUCAACCGUAACGCCUUACGCAGCCGUGCUCUCCGGCUGCCUUGCGUGCGAGCGUGUGCGUGUCGCGUGCUCACCUGUCGUGUGUCUGCGCUCUGCCAGAUUUCGUGAAAAAUAUAACCUUUUUAAAAAAAAACGAAAAAAAAAUUAAGGGCUCGAUGGCAAUUAACAGUUUUAAGAAAACUAUGGAAAACAAUUAACAUGAAAUGUAUCGUGAUGGUCAUAUUUUCUUAUAUUCUGUGAGGCGGGUGGGGCGUAUAUACUGUAUAUCGGGAGGGGGAGGGGCUUGAGAUCUCUUUUUUCUUUUCUUUUUUGUCUUCAGACUAUGUUCCUGGUUGCCAUGGAGAAUGUUUUAAAAAGAAAUUGUGAUAUUUGAUGAGAUUUCUUUGUUUUGUUCCCCCCCCCCCCCCCCCCCCCGAAUGCCUCUGCUUAAAAGGGACAGCCUGCAAUGUCCCACAGUGCGGUAAACUGACAGAGAUGAGGAUGAGACACUGACGGAGGGGAGAGAGGGAACGGGAAGCUGUACAGUGCCAAGUUAUGUAAAUAUACACACUUUACAUUGAGGAGUGUCUCCAAAAGCAAUAUCUUGAAAAAUGGAUUUUGUUUAUUAUUGUACUGUACAGGACUCAGCCCUAAAUGUAUUAUGAUUAUUAUUAUUAUAAUGAUGAUAAUAUUAAAAUUUCUUCCGUUUGUAUUACUAUAAUGAAGACACUUAAGCUCGGAGGAAAAAUGAUUUUUUUAAUGUCCAGAAAAUCUCACCGUAACUGUCCCGACGACAUAAAAACUUCAGCUGAGUUUUCGUUGCCUAUAAAUGAAAUUCAUCUAUGUACUGCAUGAGCGAGAAGAAUGUCAAACGGACACAGAAGGCAUUGGGACGCGACAGUGACUCAGCAGCGACACGUUCGUCACUGAAUAUUGUUAAUAAUAUUACUUUUUAAGGAGAAACGUACUCCUUGUUUUUUGCUGCAAAGUGUUGAACACUAAAAAAACAAACCAACAUAAAAAUGUUAUGAUAUUUUUAAAAGCGGCGACAGAAACGAAAGUAAAGCUGUCAGCCCGAUAUCAUGUUAUUAUUUUUUGUUUUUUCUUUCAAAUAGGAAAUGGUUCCGUUUUGUGAUAGCGGUCAUUGUAUGAUGCUUGUACUUGUAUUUGUGUGUUUUUGUGUGAUUCGUUUAGUUAUUUUUAGACAAUCACAAAAUAAGAUGCAAGCAUUGUAAAUGGCAGACUGGCGGACGUUUUGUGAUGUGUACAGUUUGUCAAAAAAACUUCUUCCACUCGUUAAAAGUUUGUAAUUAUGAUUCUUAAGUCAUGAAAAAUGCUGUUGGUUUUUACUUUUUGUUUUAUAUUUGUUUUUUUUGUUUGUUUGUUUUUUUAAUAAAAAGCACUACAUUAUUGUGAA